AUGGGAUUAGAUCACCAAGAAAGUGAGAACAGAGGAGAUAAAAGAUAUGAGGAUGGAGACAUUGAGAAGCACCUGCCGGCUCCAGAGGCCCCAGACAGCUCCCAUGACAUCAGACCCCCAGCAGGCUCACAUGAAUCAAACAACCUGCCCACCAUGGCAACUGCCUACUCCAGCAGCCCCAAGCACUUCACAUGGCUCUAUUCACCCUCAGCAGGAGAGCUCCCUGCAAGCUGCAGGAACACAGGCCCCCACUACCCCUCCAUCAAGCCCAGGCUCCAACGGCCUCAGGAGGCUCCAGCAAACCCAAAUGAUGUCCUUGGCACAGGUUUCUGGUGGGCUCCUGUGACUCCAGACCCUGGCUCACCUUGGUGCCUGCCUACUCCAGUGGCCCCAGGUGACUACCACAGCAGGGCUCCCUGCAGGGUCCCAGGAACUCAGUCCCCCAUCUUACUCCCCUAUGUGUUGGCUCCAGUGGCCAGAAGCAGCUCCUAUGACACCAGGCCCCUGGCAGUCUCACCCUGGUUCCUGCCUACUCCAGUGGCCCCAAGCACCUCCCAAGGCCCCAGGCAGCUUCUACAGAAAGCUCCCUCCAGGCUCUCAGGAAUCCAGGCCCCUGUCUCAACCCAGCACCUACCUUCUCCACCGGCUCCAGGCGGCUUACCUGGUAGGGUUCCCUGCAGGCUCCUGGGAACACAGGCCCCUGUCUCACCCUGGCACCUACCAGCUCCCAUGGCCCCAGGCAGUUCCUGUGGCCCCAACCUCCCAACAGGCUCCCACAAAUUCAGUUCCCCAGUUCACCCUGGAGCUUGA